ACUCGUGAAGGAGUCCAUAUUUUCUUUCUGCAAAACCCUGUCGUUUACCCUUUCACUUUGCGAAGUCGCCAGGUUGCGCAGGAAGCAAUGUCUACCGUCUAUCGCCGUCUCCGCGGCGCCUUCAGGGCUCCCCGAGCUUCUGUGCCUUCAACGCCGAAAGCCACAACCGCAAGCGAACGCAAUGAUAAUCGCAAAUCCAAAAUGAAAUACCUCUUUAAAGAACGCAAGCUCCGAACUCUUGUCGAGAAGUUCAAGCAAUCUUCUGAGACAAGCUGGUUCCGCGCUAGGCACGCCAUCUACUUCGACACAGUUCGUCGGCUUGCAUCUGCCAAAAAGUAUUCUUGGAUUGAAGAGAUCCUCGAAGCCCAGAAGAAAUAUAAAAACAUCACCGAAGAAGGCUUCGCGAUUCGUCUCAUGAUUCUCUAUGGCAAGGCGGGCAUGUUCGAUCACGCCCACAAGUUGUUCGACGAAAUGCCCCAACUAAAUUGCGAACGCACUGUUAGGUCUUUUAAUGCCCUUUUGGCUGCCUGCGUUGAUUCGGUGAAAUUUGAUAAAGUUGAGGAGAUUUUUCGGGAGUUACCACAGAAGUUGUCCAUCAACCCGGAUGAAGUUUCGUAUAAUACGUUAGUUAAGGCGUUUUGUGGGAAGGGUUCCCUCGACUCUGCGCUUUCAAUGAUAGACGAAAUGGAGAGGAAUGGGCUGGGCCCAAAUUUGAUCACUUUCAAUACGCUUCUCGAUGCAUUUUAUCAGAGUAGUCGGUUUUCAGAUGGUGAAAAUGUGUGGGCAUUGAUGGAAAGCAAGAGUAUUGCACCUUGCAUUAAGAGUUACAAUGCAAGGUUGCGAGGCUUGGUUUCAGAGAAGAGAAUGCCAGAAGCUGUUGAAUUGAUUGAGGAAUUGAGAACUAAGGGACCCCAAACUGAUGUUUUUAGUUUCAAUGCGUUGAUUAAAGGCUUUUGUGAUGAUGGGAAUUUGGAAGAAGGUAUGAAGUGGUACAGGGAACUGAUGAAAAAUGAUGAUUGUGCCCCCAAUCGAAUGACCUUUGCAGCACUUGUUCCUGCUGUAUGUGAGGCAGGUGAUUUUGAUUUGGCGCUCGAGUUGUGCAAUGAGGCAAUCACUAGCAGUAGUGGUGCAGAUGUGACAUUGUUUCGGCCUGUGGUGGAUGGCUUAGUCAAGGAGUCGAAGGUUGAAGAAGCAACGAUGCUAGUGAAGCUAAUGAAGCAAAAUGGUUAUUCUCGUUGCAAAUUCAAUUUGCCAUCAGAUAGUGGCUUGGUCGAGUCAAAGGUUGAAGAAGCAACAGAGCUUGUGAGUGAAGCUAGCCUGAAUUUGCCUUCAGAUAAGUAGUGUGCGAUUUCUCAUUUGCCUUUGAUUGAUCAUGUAAGCUGGGUUAGAUGACAUCUCUCUUGUUUGAUUGUGUUGCUGAGAUUUUUGAAGUUUGAUUCAAUUUUCUAAUUUACAUCUAAAUGCUUUUUAACCUCCUGA